AGUAGGGUAGCGGCUUGUCAAAAUGGAACGCCAAAUCUCGGUCCGACCUGUCCGAUCGAUCAAAUUGGACCACCUCCAGAGGUGGUCCCAAAUAUUCCGAUCGGAUCGAAACGAAAAUGACCUUUCCAUUUGACUUCCGACCGAAAUUUCCGAAAUUUUGGCAUAAUGGAAAGCACUCCAGGAUAUAAGCUCCGGCCUUGGCUCGUAUACAUACUUUACCUUUACCUUACAUCUAUGUAACAGAUAACGUGUUUCUCUUUCAGGUCCUUUUAUUGCUGCCGAGCGAGAUAUGGGUGGCUUUCCUCCUUGGUUGCUGAAAAACUACACGGCAGAAUAUUCCCCUCGUUUUAGAACGCUAUCGAACACUGCAUACAUGAGUGCAGUGGACAGAUGGAUGAAAGUCUUGCUGCCAAAAAUAAAACCUUUGAUAUAUUCUAAUGGUGGACCUGUUAUCGCUGUUCAGGUAGAAAACGAGUAUGGUUCUAUAGAACAGUGCGAUCACCAGUACUUGGCACAUUUACAAGAUCUGUUUAUGACAUAUCUUGGCAAGGAUGUCGUUCUUUUCACAAACAACGGCUGUGCCAACAGAAUGCUGGAGUGUGGAACGCUGCCCGGAAUGCUUUCCACGCUGGAUUUUGGCGGAGGUUAUGUAAAACAUUCCUUAGCGAGUAUUCUUCUGAGAGGAUAUUCUGUUAAAAAAGGAAACCCUGGAGAAGAGUGCUUUAAAAACCAGAGAUACUUUCAACCCUCUGGUCCCUUGGUCAACUCGGAGUUCUAUCCUGGAUGGAUAAACAAUUGGGGAAUCCCUUUCCAGCACCGGGAUGCAGACACUGUGGCCAAGAACCUCGACAGUUUGUUGAGCGCUAAUAUCUCCGUGAACGUGUACAUGUUUCACGGAGGAACAAAUUUUGGAUUCAUGAACGGUGCCAACAUAGGCAAAGUCUACGAACCUCAGAUAACAAGCUACGACUAUGAUGCACCAAUCAGUGAAGCUGGGGACCCCACACACAAAUACCUGGUCAUGAGAGAAGUGAUCUUGAAACACCAGGGAGUCCCGCCAAUGCCUGUUCCUCCACCAACUACUAAGCACGCUUAUGGAGCCAUAAAUAUGACCAAGGUGGCUUCGUUGUUUGAAGUCUUGGAAGAACUCUCUCCUGUUGGCCCAAAAAAAUCUCACUUUACCCAAACCAUGGAGAAUGUUGGACAAAACUAUGGCUUUAUGUUGUACCGAACUCAGAUUCCUUCAAAGUAUGCCAACAAACAGGUGGAGCUGGAAAUCGCAGGAUUGCGAGACCGGGGAAUUAUCUUUGUUGGACAGGUGCGACAGGCAACCUUACACCGAUCAGGCCCGAACAGUACAAUGUUAACCAUUGAAAGAAGUCUAACACUGGACAUACUGGUGGAGAACCAAGGUCAUCAUACAGGGAGCUCUGACAUGCAGGAUCCCAAAGGAAUUGUUGGAAAUGUGACCAUUAACAAGGAGAUCCUCACCAGCUGGGAAAUGUACCCGCUGAACUUAGACAACAUUACUGGGUGGGAAAAACCGCAGAUUCAUUCCACAAGUAAAGUGGGUGAUACCUUCACGCCUACAUUUUAUUCAGGAUUAAUUUUUCCCACACCAGAUGGCAUCCCAAAAGACACAUUCAUAAGGUUUCGGAAUUGGCAUAAGGGUCAACUUUACGUCAACGGGUUUAAUCUCGGCCGUUAUUGGCCGGACGCUGGACCUCAAGAAACUCUGUAUGUGCCGGCAUCUUUCUUGUCCGCGGGACAACAGGGAAGUAGAGUGGUCCUGUUUGAGCUCGAUGAUGCACCGUGCGACAUUCCCCUGACCUGUGUCAUUGAAAGUGUGUCAGUGCCCAUUUUGAAUGGAACCGUGCACCCUCUUUACCCUCGAGUAACGCAUUAAAUGCACCCUCCCCUCCCUGCUUAAUUUGUAACAUCUAUAAUUCAUAAUUGUAGGGACGCGUAAUUAUAAGAAAAACUCGUUAACAAUUUUCAAAAUCACGUAGCAAUGAAAAUUGUAUUUAGAAGAUUUAUGGCUUUAAAUUCCGUUGUAAGCAGUUUUCGAUUUAUUGUCGAAAGAAACGUUUUUUUUAAUUUGCUACUUUGGUUUUUUCGCAUGUGACAGCGCGCUUUAUAAAGUCACUGCAAAGGAAUUCCUUUUCUUUUCUUCAUCUUAGCUUAUAAGGAUAGAGAAGAAAAAAAGACGGGAAUUUGAGCUGGUUUUCUCGGGAUUGACUCCUGACCAACUGGUUAUAUUAAGUAAUUGUUACUGAGUGACUAGGCGCCUAUAUAAUGUAUUUUUAUUCAUAUAUUGAUUAAAAUUAUUUUAGUAAUAGAGCAAAAUAAAUAUUGUUGUUGG